AUGGCACAACAACAACAGGCGGCGCCGGUCGUUACGGUCACCGUACCCGUUUGCAUCACGCCCUUUGACUUUGGCACGAAUGCUACUCAAUCGUCCGCCUUUUCCCACAUUUCCCCAUCUACCACACCCGCCGCCACCUCUUCAGGCACGACACCCACCCCCUCAAACGACUUCGGCACAACCUUCACGGAGGACAACGAAACCUACACCCUCCGAUACAACCUAACCUUAAUCGGCAACAUCAUCCACACCCCUGCCUCCGGCAAACUUCUUCGCGACAGACAAGCCAGCGCGAGCGAAACGGCGUUGAAUGCGUGCUUGAGGGAAUGCAAUGCGAUUGCUUCGUGUCAGGCUAUCAGUCUUGCGGCGGAGGCUUGCUCGGCUUUUGCGGAUGUUAGUGCUAUGGCGCCAUUUCUGGGAGGGGUGGUGGGGAUUAAUGUUGAGAGGUUUGAGGGUUUGGUGCCGUUGGGUGGUGGUGGUGGUGGUGGGGCUAGUGAGAGUUUGGGGGAGUCGUCGACGACGGAGAGUACUGCUACUGUUUCUUUCACGGUGUCGUCUUCUUCGAGUACGGAGACCUCGUCGCUGGGUCAGGCGUCGUCGGUUGUGGGACAGUCGACUGCGAACACGGGCCCGAUAUCGACAUCGAGUCAAGGACAAUUUGGCUUCUCGUCACCCACAAGCGCGUCAGCUGCUUCAAUUCCAAGUCAGGGCUCGACGUCAAGUUCCAUAGAAACAAGUCGACAGACGGACUGGACCUCUACGACAACUACUACUUCCGCAAUGACUCUCGCUAGUACAUCAACUUCUACUUCGUCUGGUCAGCAGAUAUCGUCUUCGACAAGCAGUGUGCGGACGACUUUCACCUUCGCUCCGAUGAGCAGCGUGUCGAGCUCGACUAUUAGUCAACAGCGCUCUGCGAGCAGUUCUCCGACUUUCUUUAGCUUUGCGCCGGAGUCGACGAGCUCUCCUACGGCGAUGAUGAUUAGUGUCGGGCCAGUCACUACGAGUGUCAGCAUACCGGUCAGCAGUAGCAGUAGUUCUACGUCUACCAGCUCACUAAUGACUAGCUCGAGCCUGGCAAGCACCAGUAGUAGCAGUGCGAUGACAGUUCUGCCUACAUCACCUAGCAGCAGCAGCGCCGCAAUCAUUUCGCCGACAACAUCGAGCAGUAGUAGCAGCGCAACAAGCACGCCAACGCCAAGCAGCAGCAGCACCAGCACUUCCUCGUCCUCAACAACCACCCCAACAACCAUAUCUUCCACCACCUCCCCAUCCGCAACCGCCACUACCCUCCCCGCCUGCAGCGCCGUCCCCUUCACCUCCCCCAGCACCCUCUGCACCGACUCCUACACCAACCCCUACAACCUCCAGGGCGGCAAAAACUACCUCGGCUCGAUAAUCCUGGAAAACAACUCGGUCAAAUCGCUCGACGACUGUCUCAAUGCCUGCGAUAAGCAGCCCCGAUGUGUGGCCAUCGGGUUCGCGAAUAAGGGGUAUUUGUCUUGUGAUAUGUUUGAUUCGGUGGCGGGGACGCAGACGCCGAGUGGAGGGUCGAAUGGGUGGGUGGCGAGUCGGCCGGCGGGGGUGAGUACUACUUAUACUGCUGCUCCGCCGGCGGGGACGUGA